CAGGAAGGAGAGCCUUCCCAGUGUCCCUAGACUUAGCAAGCGUGUCUACAGUAGAUAUGUCUAUAGAGAAAAUGACAAAAGUAGAAGAGAAUUUGCAGAGAGCCGUGACACUUAAGAAGACUGUCAACAGGUGGCAGAAUUUUCAUACUCAAUGUUUGUGGCAGAUGACAUUGGACCAACGGAGAAACCUGUAUGCUACCCUAAGGAUGCAGGACACUAUGGAACAGGAAUUAGCACUGUCCAACAAACAGCUCCUGCUGGUCCGUCAAGCUGCCUUGCACGAGCUGUUUGAAAAAGAAUAUCAACAGUACCAGCAGGAGCUCAAUCGAAUGGGCAAAGCUUUUUAUGAGGAGAGACUCUGACUGCUGCUGGCUGGCCAGACACUGUUCCUCCAUCUCAUCGUGCCUGCCAACCCAACCUUCAUUCUUAUGUGGAGCUUCUCAAAGCACAUCUGGACCUGGAACUUAAAUCUCUUUUUCACUGUUCUGUCUACUUAUAUGUGGCUUCUAGAAACAAGAGUGACACCUUGUGGUCAGUGUGGGAUAUGCACUGUUGUAACGGGGGAGAGAUUAUGUACAGUUUCUGGUUUAAAACAUCUGAUUUAGUUUAACAAAUAAAACUAGCUCAUAGAGGUUC